ACAUUCAAGCCUUUCAAAAAAAAAAAGCUUCUUUAAUUUCUCUCUCUCUCUGUGGAGUGUUCGAAUCUCCAAGCUCUCUCUCAAAUGGCAGCGUCCACAUAGUAGAGCUGAAGAAGCACUGUAUCUAUCUACAGAGAAAGUGAAGAGGAAGAAAAGGAAGAGAGGAUAUAGAAAUUAAGCUGGCGACUUUUAGUCCGAGGCGAGCAAUGGCAGAGUUACGGCACUCGAGCUCUCUCGGUAGCCGAUCUUCUUCUUCUCCGUUACGUGCCGCCGGAGAUGAGGAUUCUUCAUCGCCUCAUGUACACGAUCACUCUCCUAACGGCGGAGACGACGAAGAUGGUCGCCCACGUCAUCCUUCUAGAGAUCGAGACCGUCCGAUCUGGUUUCACUCUUUGUUUCCUUUCUUCGGUGAUGAUCCUAGGGUUUCUCCUCAGAAGAAUAAAAUCUCGCUUCUAUUGAUUUUGAUUCUCGCUAUUGCUAGCUUGAUCUCAGUUUAUGGGAUUAUUAAUCACUUGAAUGCUCCUUAUUUAUGUAAAAAAGAUGGGAUUGUGCUAAACUGUCCUCAUGUAAAAGAGUCACCUUCUCCUUGGGAGAAUCCUUUAUCUGCAACAACUUCUUGGAAGCCUUGUGCUGAGCGGCGGAUUGGUGGAAUCUCAGAUCUUCCUCCUGAGAAUGAAACAAAUGGCUAUGUAUUCAUUCAUGCUGAAGGUGGUUUGAAUCAGCAGCGAAUUGCUAUCUGCAACGCAGUAGCUGUUGCCAAGAUUAUGAAUGCAACACUGAUUCUACCAGUACUGAAGCAGGACCAAAUAUGGAAAGACACAACAAAAUUUGAAGACAUUUUUGAUGUAGAUCAUUUCAUUGAUUACUUGAAGGAUGAUGUCCGAAUUGUUCGAGACAUACCUGACUGGUUCACUGACAAAGCAGAGCUAUUCUCUAGUAUAAGAAGAACAGUCAAAAACAUUCCCAAAUAUGCAGCAGCCCAAUUUUAUAUUGACAAUGUUUUACCUCGGAUAAAGGAGAAGAAGAUAAUGGCCUUGAAGCCUUUUGUCGAUCGACUUGGGUAUGACAAUGUACCUCAAGAAAUCAACAGAUUACGAUGCCGUGUAAAUUAUCAUGCUCUCAAAUUUCUUCCAGAGAUAGAGCAGAUGGCUGAUUCACUUGUUUCUAGAAUGAGAAAUCGCACUGGAAAUCCAAAUCCAUAUAUGGCUCUUCAUCUUAGAUUCGAGAAAGGAAUGGUUGGUCUAUCGUUCUGUGAUUUUGUGGGGACAAGGGAAGAGAAAGUUAAAAUGGCAGAAUACAGACAAAAGGAAUGGCCUCGGCGUUUCAAGGUGACAUUUAUAAGCAGUUGUCAACUUCUUUUGGUGGCUAAACAACCUCAACCGCUACCUUAAUGAAAUUUCUUGACAUAUAUUGCAGAAUGGUUCCCAUCUCUGGCAGCUCGCCUUGCAGAAGCGCAAAGAAGGUCGAUGCCCUCUUGAGCCAGGAGAAGUUGCUGUGAUCCUACGUGCAAUGGGCUAUCCAAAAGAAACACAAAUCUAUGUUGCAUCUGGUCAAGUCUAUGGCGGUCAAAACCGUAUGGCUCCACUAAGAAACAUGUUCCCAAAUUUGGUAACAAAGGAGGAUUUAGCAGGCAAAGAGGAACUAACAACGUUUAGAAAACACGUUACAAGUCUUGCGGCUCUAGAUUUCUUGGUGUGCUUGAAAUCAGAUGUAUUUGUGAUGACACACGGUGGAAACUUUGCAAAACUGAUCAUCGGAGCGCGUAGAUAUAUGGGGCAUCGCCAGAAAUCAAUCAAACCGGAUAAAGGGUUGAUGUCGAAAUCAUUUGGGGAUCCUUACAUGGGAUGGGCAACUUUUGUGGAAGAUGUAGUUGUAACCCAUCAAACACGAACCGGUUUACCUGAAGAAACUUUCCCUAACUAUGAUCUUUGGGAAAAUCCUCUCACUCCAUGCAUGUGUAAAGCUUGAUGAUGAUGCUUUUGUUUGGUCUUGGAUUUUGUCUGAUGAGGAGCAACAAACUAUAGAGAUUCGUAGUUUUCUUCUUCUUCUUCUUCUUUUUUGACCUUUCAAAUCUUUGAAGUCUUCAUUUACCAUCUUUGUAAUCAUUUUGAUAUUAUGUAAAGUUCCUAGUGAUGAAAAAAAAGUUUCUUUUUUAUAUUAAAUUUGAUCAAA